AUGGACAGACCUACGCCAGCAGAUACGGAUAUCCCAGGAGGUUUUCCAGAAACGCCUGCGUCGAUACUUCCGUCAUCAGCUACUUCCACCACUCAUGACGGUCCACAAGACCAUGUGACGAACGUGUCGGCAGCAGGAGUACAACAUGAUGAGGACGAAGCAAAAACUCCCACACAAAAUGGAAAGGCCUCGGGUUCUUAUUUUGCAACCGCAACGACAGGUCCCUUUGAUACCAAGACUUCUGAAGAGCCGGCCGCACCUCUGUCCAGCAGAUCUUCGAGCACCCCAGCGUCUGAGAAGACUCUAGCAACACCCGCAGACGAGCUCAACCAACAUGGCGCAGAAAAGAGCCAACACACCGACAAAGGCGUCGUCGGGGAUGAAACACUCGAGGCGGAUCCGCAGUUUGAGGAGAUGAAGACGGGCACGGAAAGCCGACCACCGCUCGGGCCGACGCGCAGCACUAUUAGGUCCGAGGAAGACCUGUUUCGUGUGCUUUCGCGGCGUCGCACAACGGGCGCGGACUCGGCUGCCGAGGAAGACCACGAGAUUGAGCGGCUCAUGUCGCGGCUCUUUGGACAGAAGCGUCAGCAGCAGAGCGAAGAAGAAAAGACGCGCCACUCUGGCGUCGUAUUCCGUGACCUGACGGUCAAGGGCGUGGGACUCGGAGCAAGUCUCCAGCCUACUGUUGGCGACAUCUUCCUGGGCCUGCCGCGGUUCUUGAAGAACUUGGUAACCAAGGGCCCAAAGGCUGCUACAGGCAAACCUCCCGUCAGAGAUCUCAUUAGCCACUUUGACGGAUGCGUACGACCAGGUGAAAUUCUACUCGUCCUCGGCAGACCGGGCAGUGGCUGCACGACAUUCCUCAAGGCCUUUUGUAACCAGCGAGCCGGAUUCCAAGAUGUGCUUGGAGAUGUCACCUACGGCGGUACCGAUGCCGCAAAGAUGGCCAAGGACUACAGAGGCGAAAUCAUCUACAACCCGGAAGACGACUUGCACUAUGCGACGCUGUCGGUCAAGCGCACCCUCACCUUUGCUCUGCGCACGCGCACGCCCGGCAAGGAAUCUCGACUCGAGGGGGAAAGUCGUGAAGACUAUGUCAAUGAAUUUCUCCGUGUCGCCGCCAAGUUGCUCUGGAUCGAACACACCAUGGACACCAAGGUGGGCAACGAGUAUAUCCGCGGCGUCAGUGGUGGCGAGCGUAAGCGUGUCAGUAUUGCCGAGGCACUCAUCACACGAGCCAGCGUCCAGGGCUGGGACAAUUCGAGCAAGGGUCUCGAUGCGUCGACGGCGGUGGAAUAUGUGCAGUCCCUGCGCACACUUACCAAUAUGGCCCAAGUCUCGACCGCCGUCAGUUUGUACCAAGCCGGAGAGAGCUUGUACGACCUGGUAGACAAGGUGCUCCUGAUCGACCAGGGUCAGUGUCUAUACUAUGGUUCCUCCGAUCACGCCAAGCAGUAUUUCCUCGACCUUGGCUUCGACUGUCCUGACCGAUGGACCACCGCCGAUUUCCUGACAUCCGUCACGGAUCCUUUUGAGCGAAGCAUUCGACCAGGAUGGGAAGAUCGCAUUCCUCGAUCAGCAGAAGACUUUGCUGCUGUUUACAAGAAGUCGGAUGCCUACAAGAGAAAUCUCGAGGACAUUGACGACUUUGAGUCUCAUCUACAGGAACAGAUGCGCGCCCGGGCCGAGAAUCAGUCAAAGAAGAAUAAGAAGAAGAACUACACUAUCCCCUUCCACCAGCAAGUUGUCGCAUUGGCUCAACGUCAAUUAAUGGUGACGCUGGGAGACAAGGCAUCCUUGAUUGGCAAGUGGGGAGGCAUCAUCUUCCAAGGUCUCAUUGUCGGUUCACUCUUUUACAAUCUUCCGGACAACACCAACGGUGCAUUUACCCGAGGCGGUGUUCUCUUCUUCAUUCUCUUGUUCAAUGCACUCUUGGCCCUGGCUGAGCAGACUGCUGCUUUUGAAUCGAAACCAAUCUUGUUGAAGCACAAGAACUUUUCCUUCUACAGACCGUCAGCUUAUGCUGUUGCUCAGACGUUGGUUGAUGUGCCGUUGGUCGCGAUACAAGUCAUUCUAUUUGACGUUAUAAUCUACUGGAUGGCGGGACUGGCGGCGACGGCUUCACAAUUCUUCAUCUCACUGCUUAUUCUCUGGACAGUCACCAUGGUAACAUAUUCUUUCUUCCGCGCCAUUUCAGCCAUCUUCAAGACUCUGGACGAUGCGACCAAGGUUACUGGUGUCGCCAUUCAGAUCUUGGUUGUCUAUACCGGCUACUUGAUUCCACCUUCCAGCAUGCGACCCUGGUUUGGUUGGCUCCGUUGGAUCAACUGGAUCCAGUAUGGUUUCGAGUGUCUCAUGGCCAACGAAUUCUACGACCUGGAAAUGCCCUGUGUGACCCCGUACUUGGUGCCCCAGGGCCCAGAUGCCACUCCUGAAUAUCAGUCCUGUGCUUUGGCCGGAUCUAGCCCUGGGUCAACUACAGUCUCAGGAUCCGCAUAUAUCGAGGAAUCAUUUAGUUACUCGCGCGGCCACCUGUGGCGUAACUUUGGGUUUCUGUGGGCUUUCUUUGCCUUCUUCCUUGCCAUCUCAAUGAUUGGCAUGGAGCUGAUGAAGCCCAAUGCUGGAGGUGCUGCCGUUACCGUGUACAAGCGUGGUCAGGUGCCAAAGUCUAUACAGAAAUCAAUCGAGACUGGCGGUCGCAAGAAUAAUGGUGGGGACGAAGAGUCUGGUUUAACAACUCAGAGCGACGUUGCACGGGAUCAUGCCAAGGAACAAGACGAAAAGGACCAACAAGCCAUGAGGGAUGUUGCUGGCAACGAGACAAUCUUCACCUUUCAAAAUGUCAACUACACGAUCCCGUACCAAGGUGGUGAGCGCAAGUUGCUCGAUCAGGUUCAAGGCUUUGUGCGACCCGGCAAAUUGACUGCGCUCAUGGGAGCUUCUGGUGCUGGAAAAACUACAUUGCUGAACACGCUGGCGCAAAGAAUCAAUUUUGGUGUCAUUACGGGUGACUUUCUUGUCGAUGGCAGACCACUCCCCAAGUCUUUCCAGAGAGCUACUGGUUUCGCCGAACAGAUGGAUGUACACGAGCCCACGGCAACCGUGCGAGAGGCACUUCAGUUUUCUGCCCUGCUUCGCCAACCUCGAGAGGUGUCCAAGGAGGAAAAGUACGCGUACUGCGAGACCAUUAUUGAGCUUCUCGAGAUGCAAGACAUUGCCGGCGCAACCAUUGGAAAUGUAGGCGAGGGUCUGAACCAGGAACAGCGCAAGCGUCUCACUAUUGGUGUUGAACUGGCUUCCAAGCCCGAGCUGUUGAUGUUCUUGGACGAGCCCACGUCUGGACUCGACUCGGGCGCCGCUUUCAAUAUUGUCAGAUUUCUUCGAAAGCUGGCCGAUGCCGGACAGGCCAUCUUGUGUACCAUUCACCAACCCUCUGCUGUACUGUUUGAACAUUUCGACGAGUUGAUCCUGCUCAAAUCUGGUGGCCGCGUUGUGUACGCUGGCGAGCUCGGCAAGGACAGUCAGAAGAUGAUUCAGUACUUUGAGACCAACGGCGGACCCAAGUGUCCUCCCGACGAGAAUCCCGCCGAGUGGAUGCUUGAAGUCAUUGGCGCCGGCAACCCCGAUUACAAGGGCCAAGACUGGGGCGAUGUGUGGUUGGGAUCAAACAACUACGAAGAGCAGUCUCGGGAGAUUGCCAGCAUGAACGAGAAACGCCGCAAUGUCGAGCACUCCAAGAACGUCCAGGACGAUCGCGAGUACGCAAUGCCCUUGACGACACAGACAAUGGCAGUGGUCAAUCGUUCCUUCAUCAGCUACUGGAGAACGCCAAACUACAUCAUGGGCAAACUCAUUUUGCACAUCUUUACCGGCCUCUUCAACACGUUCACGUUCUACAAGCUGGGCAACGCCAACAUUGACAUGCAGUCCCGCCUGUUCUCAAUCUUCAUGACGCUAACCAUUUCUCCGCCCUUGAUCCAACAGCUUCAGCCGGUAUUCCUUCAUUCGCGCUCCAUCUUUCAGUCUCGCGAGAACAAUGCCAAGAUAUACAGCUGGGUGGCUUGGACCACGGGAGCUGUCCUGGUCGAGAUUCCGUACGCCAUUGUUGCCGGAGGUAUCUACUUCAACUGCUGGUGGUGGGGCAUAGCCGGCUACAAAAUGUCGAGCUUUGCCUCUGGCUUCACCUUUUUGUGCGUUAUUCUCUUUGAGCUGUACUAUGUCGGUUUUGGGCAAGCCAUUGCCGCGUUCAGUCCCAACGAGCUGCUGGCUUCGCUCCUAGUGCCCAUCUUCUUCCUGUUUGUCGUCUCCUUUUGCGGCGUCGUUGUGCCCGCGGCUCAGCUUCCGACCUUUUGGCGCGAGUGGAUGUACUGGCUCACGCCCUUCCACUACCUGCUCGAGGCCUUUUUGGGCGUCGCCAUUCACGAUCAGCCCGUGCGCUGCGACACGGGCGAGUUUGCCACCUUUUCCGCGCCGCCUGGUCAGACCUGUGAGUCCUAUGUGCAGCCCUAUAUCGAGCAGGCGGGCGGCUACGUCCAGACGGCUGCAGACGGCCUGUGUCAGUUCUGCCAGUACGCCAAUGGUGAUGAGUUUGGCAGCAGUUUCAGUGUCUACUAUAGCCACAUUUGGCGCGACUUUGGCAUUGUCUGCGGUUUCAUCGUCUUCAACUAUGCUGUUGUCUACUUUGCCACUUUCCUCAGAUUCAAGGGUAGAAAUCCGCUCAAGGGCAUCAUGGGUAGAAUGAAGCAGAAGAAGCAGCAAAGCUAG